AUGGCUGUGGCCCCGGACUUUGACAAUGAUGAGCCGAUCCCGGGUACUUCGUUGGAAGGCCUAGGACACGCAUGGGAGGCUGACGAAUGCAUUCGGGGCCAUGCCCUGCAGAAUGGUGGGUCUCUCUUGUCUUGGCCCACCCCAAAGCAUGUUGGGGUCAUCAACUUCCAAUGUGCGUCCCACAAUGCCAAAGUGUUGUCCAUCCUUUUGGAGCUUUGGUGCCCUCAAGUCCGGUCUGUGAAGACAGUCAACAUUGACCAGCUUAGGGCUGAGGUGAGAAGCUUCCGUGCAAAGCUUUUCUUUCCAGAGGAUGAAGUCAAGGUGAACUGUGAUGCAAUCUCCAUCAGGAGCUUCGUGACAUACUUGGGCCGACGUCACAACGGUUCCAAACGUCGUGAAGUUCCAGUGUUGGCUGAUGACUACGGGGAAUCCUCUUUGGCAGAAGCUCUGGGCAUUCCUCAGGUGGCCCACCCUGUUGUACCGGUGCCGGACUCACAGAUCCCGGCUGACUCUGCUGCUGGCCUCGACAUGGAGUUUCCCGAUCGACAGCCAGCGGAGGAUGAGAUCCCAGCCACCUUGCCUGAUGAUUCCCAGCUUCCAAAGUCGCCUGAUGAUUCCGCAAAGGCCAGUCCUCCCAUCACACCCACAGAGCUGGAGAUGACUCCCCAGGCUGCCAGUGUGAUUGAAGUGCCAGAAUCACCUCCUGUGGCUGCAGCGGCCCCAGUGACCCGGGAAGAGAUGGCAAAGGCGUCAGUUGUUGUGUUGACACAGCCGCAGCAAUCUCCUCACCCUGGGGUCGCCACGAAUGGGUUGCCUACUUCCAGCAAGCAUUCCCCAGAAGACUUACGUGCUUUGCAGGAGAAGAUCGAAUACCUCAAGCAAAGACUGCAGCAUGUGAAUGUGAAGGGUGCUGCCAGGUUUGCCAGGCCAGCUCUUUCAGAGGAGACGAUGGCUCUUGGUGGUGCCCCUUCGGCAUCUUCCGUGGGUGCUGGUUCUGAGACACCCAAAGAUGUUGAUGAGGUGAAGCAGGUGAUUCCCGAUGAGGUGGCAGUUGUGGGGGGAUCUUCUGACCAGCUGUCAAAGGAGCCACUUGUGGCUUGCGACAAAGGUGAGAUUCAAACAGGUGAUGACGGUGAUGAGGAUCUUUUCCAUGCCACUGCUGAGCCAGUGACAAGGAAACAGCAGUUUGCUGAGCGAGAUGCUUUGAAAAAGGAGAUGAAGAAGACUGAGGGGCCUCACCCUGAAGAGGGUGUGCCUGACAAGAAAACGGCAAAGAAAAAUGCACAGGCAAGCAAGAAAGCACAGGCCAAGGCCAAGGCCAAGGCCGAAGCAAAAAAAGCAGCUGAAAAGGCCAAGAAGGAAGCAGAGAAAGCAAAGAAGAAAGCAAAGAAAGAGGCAGAGAAAGCAAAGAAAGAAGCAGAGAAAGCAAAGAAGAAAGCAAAGAAGGCCGAAGGGAACACCAGAGCAACCAAGAACGGUCAGAAGAAGCGCAAGCAACUGGAGGAGUCCCAGCCCAGUGCAGAGAACCAUGAGAAUGUUUCGGCUGUGCCUGAAAAUCCGCCUGCCCCAAGCCCGGUGCCUGCUGAAGAUGUUGUGAUGGCUGAUGGAUCGGGUUCCUCGGCCCCUGCACUGAAAGUGCCUGCUGGUUCUGGCAGCUCUGCUGCCAGCAAUGCUGCAGAUGAUGGGCUCGAUGAUGCCAAGGAGGAUGAGAGGAAGACAUUUGCCCGACGAUUUCGGCCCUCGAGAAGCGAUCCGGCUUCCCGCUUUGAUUCUCUCAAGAACACCUUCAAGAAGCACUUGGCUGGCCGAUUCAACAAGGAAUCUACCAUGGAGGUGGAGUUCUGGAACUAUUGCAUGAAGCAGCUCAAGAAUGCUUCCAGCCCUGUGUCCAACUACGACUUCUUCUUUGAGACUUGCGUCCUGACAUUUGAGGACUUGGACACCGUCAAACGUACCAUGCCCUCCAAGUGCCGAAGCGGCUUGGGACCCUACAUCAGGUUAGCCUGCUGCAUGGUGCUUGGCGCAAAGUGGGGGGAAUUCCUGGUGCUGAUGGGCAUUUGCUGCAGCACGUUUGUGUCAAUGACGGUUCUCUUACUAUUCCUCAUCGUAGCAUGUGAUGGAGUGCCGGUUGUGGAGAAUCCCAUUUCAACCCUGCUGAAUGCCCAGAAGAGAUUCCAAGAGUUUGUGGCAAAGCUUCAAGCCCGUGGUAUUUGCACGCUGGCUAAGAUUGAACAUGCUUGCUUUCUUGAAGGUCUCUACAGGCAAGCUCUAUGGCUCAAACAUUUUGGGCAUCUUUGCUUGAAGAGACUUUACCCUCCACGAUUUGUCGGCAAGAUCUUGGAAUACAAAGAGGAGUUCCUGAAAAACAUGCCAGUCCUUCCAGAGGAGGUGACACAAGAUGGUCCUAGCCUCUUGGAACUACUAGAAGAGAUGCCAACUGGUGAUUGCUGGGAUGACGCUGAGUUAUGGCCAAUUUAUGAAUACGUUAGGGGGUCGAAGCAUUUGCGAUUGCCUGAUGCCUACAGGCCUUUACUUGGGAUGAGCUUUUCUAGCAGGGCCUGGUCCAGCGGAACCCUGCUCCGGGGGUUGGACCUUCUUGAACAAGGGUCCUCUGCGGCCAUGUCGUCCAUGGUGGAUCCUGACCCAAGAGCGCUGAUGGAGGAACUUGCUAGGUUGGAGGCACUGCACACGUCGAUUGUUGAACAACAAGAUGCGGAGCCAGGACAAACAAGGGCUGAGGGAGGACAUAUGCCAGCUCCUCCAGCACCUCCUGCAGAUGUGCCGCCGGCGGCUGCGGAUGGAGCUGGGGGGAUGUUAGCCGACACUCAGCCGGGUUCCCCACCGGAGGCACAUGUCAAACCACAUGAAAAUAGACCUGUUGGACCUGAGAAGAAAGCUACACCACCACUUGUACAAGUACCAGAUGAGACGAUUCCCAUGACUCCAGUUCAAACCAUGUAUAGCCCUGAAAGCCCCCCUCGGGAGACACGUGUGGAUGACGAUGGUCUCCAGAAACGAAAGGCUAUGGCUAUUCCCCUUGAUGAGGAUGAGAAUGGUAAGUAUGAAAUCUUUGUUCCGGUGGCUAUGCCACCCGAAGCAUUGACUGAUAGAGCCAUCUACAUGCGCCUGAACCGGGUCUUCAAGAAGAGAAAGGACAAGUUCGUCAAGCGAUGCAAGGCCAUUUCCGAGAAGGUGCAAGAGGAAAUCAGUGAGGUCGAAGCGGAAUGGCUAACGGUUUCUGAUAUGGAAAAGUUGGAGUUUUCAGAGUCCAAGAUCAAGGGUGUUAUUCGCUAUUGCGAGAGUCGCCCACAGUUGCAGAGGAACACCAAGCGACACAUCAGUCAGGACAUCAUGGAAUGGGAGGAGGAAAACCCAGAUGGUGAAGUUCCUGAUGCCCCCAAAUUGGAUUGGGGAUUCAUGGCGGGCAAUGGCCAAGAUGGUGAUGCUCCAGCGGUACCAGGUCUGGUGAAGGAUGAGCACGUGGGUGAGGAGUACACGCAGCCUGUGGCAGUCGAGUCCGAGGACGUGAAGCGGGAGAUGGACAAGUUGCAGUUCCCCCAAAUUGAAGGGGACUUGGCCCCCUCAGCGUUGGUCCCCAAAGCAUGCCAGAGUUUGCAGAAACAAGUUGCCAAGCUGGAUUCCUUGUUAGAGAGUGCCAAAGCUGUUGAUCGUCUUACCCCGUUGCAAUCCCGGAUGAAAGACAAGGUGGAGCUUGCCAUUACUAAGCUGACCGAAUUUGAUGAAGAGCUCAUGGACCAGCAUGGGGAAGGGAUCCUUGAUGGCUAUACCCGUGCGACCAGGAUGCCGAAUGAGAAGGAAGCCAAGAAUAAGCCUGGCGGUGGUGGGGGUGCGGCCAAGAAGGCCAAAGCAAAGCCUAAGCAUGCCACAGCAGCUUCUGCACAGAAGUCUUGGCACUCCCUGGGAGGCUGGAUCAAGUUGUACCACUGCUUCUUCAUGGUGAUGAAGGGUAAGAGUCCUGGCCUCCGGAGUUUCAGCAAGAGCUUUUUCAACAUGAAGCACGCCAUGCGUUGGGAGUCGUUGCUGCUUGCUCUGGUGACCCAGGCUCUCCAGGUGCUUCAGUUGUUUGCUGGUGUAAGGGAACUUCUGCCUCACCUGUUUCGCCACACCAUCGGCGACGAGGGCAUGGCUUCAUUAGCGAACCUCUUACCUGGCCAGAUCCUCGCCGUCUACUACAGCGAUGAUGUGGUAUGGCAUGAGCGACUGUUGUUAUGGCGACAUGGUCCAGACUGCUGGUUCAUUCUGACCCCAGACUUGGAUCUGUAUGCAGAAGAUCUAGGGAUGCGUGGGGAGGAUGGGCCUUCACGAGUGAAGGUGAAGGGGCAAGACUUCAAGUACUGGAGCAGAGUUGGGGGCACAGCGUACCGUUUCUCCGCUCCUGUCUCCACAGAUGACAGCUUGAGGUCCUACAUACGGCAGGCCUUUCGUGAAGGGCUCAAAGAUGACUCCUUCGACCGUGAAUGGAGACCUGAACAUGUGGUGGAUGUUAAGGGUUUGCUUCAACCUUGUCAAGACUUCCUUGGAGACAUGGUGCUCUUGACUUCUCACCGCAUCACUGGCAAGGGUCCUGGAGUGCUUCGGCAGGCGGGUCAACUGCCCAGUGGUGUUGAUGUGAAGCCCAUUACGCUGCCGGAUGAGGACCAUGUGUGGGUCGUGUUGGAGAAGAUUGACAGCUUCCAAUUUGGCCAGGCUGUUGAAGUCAACCCAGACAAGGACAUCAUGAUUGACGGUCGCACUGGGCUUGUCAAGACAGCGAGUGGUUGGGCAAAGGUUGAACUAGUUGGUGUAGCUGCUUCCCCUGAGUUUCUAGAGUUACGGCGCCCCAGCCUUGCCACGCCACCUGAACCUGUGGUGGACUCCAAGAGGGAAUCUUCAGAUGAGGGCGGUGGUGAUGCCCGCACUUUGUUCAUCGACUUCGAUGCGCAGGGCGUCCGCUUCAAGGAUUGGCGAGCGGUUGUCCAGGAAUGUGUGGAGUACCACUAUGAGGACUGGCCUCACUCAGGGCCAGCGACUGUCCAUCAUUUGCUGAAACACUUCUACAAAUAUGGGGGUGACCCAAAGCAGUGGUUGGAGCUAUGGUGCAGACAGAAAGGAAUUGCGGAUCAAGACAGGGUGAAGCACGAGCUUCGUUGCUUGAUGGAAGUCUUCCACCACGCUGGAUCUUAUGAUCAGCUGAACCUUCCUGUCCUUGCCUCCAUGGAGACAGUCGCCCGGCGUGUCCAGUGCAUAGUGGACGCAUAUGCCCAGGGUGGCUCAGCCUCCCCUGACUGGGGAAAUGCAAAGCUGUUCACUGGGUAUGUUGGUCCUGAUGACUUGGUCAUGCCCCAGCUGAAGAGCUGGGCUGCUAGGAAGGACAAGGAAGAAGUAGAGCUGUUUCAGGCUCGCAAUCGCAUGAAGGAACUCCGAAAGAGUUCAGCGUCAACAGAGGAAGCAGCUGUUGCUGCAGCAGAUGGCAGCUUACCCGCAGGCGGCAACCCCAAGCCCAAACGCCGUGCUAGAGGCAAAGGGCUGGAGCCGCCACCAUUGAAGAUGAUCGGUGGUCUCAGCCGAGGAUGCAGCCAGAGAUUGGCAAGGCGUGUCAAAGGCCGGCAAGAUCUUUUUGAGAUGAUUUCGUCUCUGAAUUGGAUGCAUGUGGGCGACUUUGAUGCCCAGCCGAAUUUGCCCCCCUCGCCACUGCAGCUUCGGGUGCUGAAGCGACUGGAGGAAUUGGUUGGGCUGGCGGGCGACUUAGGUCCACUGAGUUGCAUGCCGUCGCAGGAGGCAGCCUACAAGGAGCUGCUCCAUGGGAUGGAUGGCUACUGUGAGCCUUCCACUCCAGCUUCUCUCGCGCCCUUCAAUCUCGAGCUCAUCUCUUUGCCCAGCGAUUUGACCACGGCACCAGCGGCUUUGGAUUUACUGGACGGGGAUGACCGUCGAUACCUGGAGGUGCAAGAGCGCAUGUUACGAUCUGGUGAUCAAGUGACUCAGGACUCAAAUUUGUCUCCAUAUUGGGAUCCUGCUUUGAAAAAUUGUCCUCGGAACUAUCGUAAGUUUAUUCGUAAGCUUAAUGAGGCUCGACAUGUGGGUCUCACGGGGCAGGAGCUGGAAGGGCAGGCCCCUGACACAGUGAAGCAUUAUGUUUAUGUUGACAACCUUGGGGUUCUUGGUGUUGAUCCAGUCUGUGUGGAUCAGGGUCUGAAAGAGUUGACCAACCAGUUCACGGAGAAGAACUUGUUACUGCACCCAGGCGAGAUUCAACAUGAGAUUAUCACCGCCUUGGGAGUUGAGAUGGAUGGCAAGAACCUUUUCACCCGUGUUGCCCCGGCCAGGUUUCAUCGUGUUCGUCAAGGACUCCGGCACCUGCUUCGGAGAGGUCGGUGCACAGGCCGGGCCUUGGAGAUUGUGGUUGGUCACUGCACUUACUGCGGCCUGGUGAACCGUUGCACGUUGAGUAUUUUUCACAAUGUGUACAAGUUCAUCAAGUCAAAUUACAAUACUUCAGUGGUGCUUUGGCCCAGUGUUGUCGCUGAGCUCAGGGCUUUUGCGGGGCUGAUGCCUGCACUCAAAGCAGAUUGGUCUCGGCCUUGGAGCAGCAGUGUGAUGGUUUCAGAUGCCAGUGAAGAAGGGUACGGGGUCUGUCACACUAGUUGGAAACCUGCGGCAGCAGCAGAGAUAGGUAGGUACAGUGAAAGGGAUCGUUUCAAGCGGUCCGGCGGACACAAUGCCAGGGAAUCUGCACUUUCAGCUGCCGGGUUCAUCCGUGAUGAGGUGACGGGCCGGUGGAUUGCUGGCGAGAUGGGGGAUGAAGAGUACCUUGAGGCCUCGGGUUGGCAGCUUGACUCAAAGUUCCCAGAAGUGUCAGCCCAACAACUCCAAAAUUCAGAUUGGCAAGUGGUUCGCCAGGACCGCUGGAAGAGAUCUGAGCACAUAGUGCACCUGGAGGCCAGGGCCUUGGUGAAGUCCAUGGAAGCAGUGGUGCACGAUUGCAGUGCCUUUGAUUCCAGACAGACGUGUCGGCUGGACAAGCCGCCAGCAGCAGCCCAGCUACUGAAGCCUCUCAGCAUCGAGAGGGUCCAGCUGGAGCACGUGGCCGAGAGGAUGGAAACAUCCAGACAGAAAAGGAGACUUUCCGAAAGCGAAGACAGCACCUCAUCCUCAGAGGAGCAAGUGAGUCACAGUCGACAGCAGAUGUUGGCAAGGCGCAGCAGAAAGCGCCUGAAAAAGUAUGUCGACGAAAUGAUGCAAUCAGAACCCCAAGGGCUGAGCCUGUUAGAGCGCAAGGCCAUCACUGCCAAGACAGAGCAGUACUACAACCAGGAGUAUGGGGAGCUGAAGGCAUUCAUCAGCGGUCGCAGACUCACUUUUUCGACGGCUCCCCAGAAGGAUGUGGGGAUCAAUGCCUAUUUCAACCAUCUCUUUUUGGAAGGUCAUCCAGCCCACAAGGGAGAAAAGAUUCUAGCUUCGUUCAUGCAUCAGAACCCGGACUUCAGCCGGUAUGGAUCACAGAAACUGCCUCGGACUUAUCGGGCUUUGAAGGGGUGGAGAAGGCUGAGCCCAGGCACUUCCCGCAAAGCAUGGCCGUUAGCAGUGUGGUGCGCAGUGGUCAGCGAAAUGAAAAGAUUGGGUCAGCUGCAGAUGGCUCUUUUUACCAUGCUGGGGCUGUCUUCUUAUUCCAGGCCAAGCGAGCUCUUGAGGUGCCGGGUGUUUUCACUGGUGCGACCUGCGCCGUCCGUGACCGAGCACUGGUGCUUGCUGCUGAACCCAGAGGAGCAUCCUGCUCGGUCAAAGACAGGCACAUUCGACGACUCUCUUGUCCUCGACUCAGCCUAUCUCAGGCCUUGGUCAGCACCGCUUAUGCGUCAACUGACCAGCCGGCCGAACAACCAGAUGCUGUGGGAUUUCGACUAUGGCCAGUAUGCCAAAGUCUUUGGCCAAAUUGCCAGACAAAUGGGCAUCGACAUCACCCCCUAUCAGCUUCGGCACUCAGGACGAUUAGCAGCGAACUUCCAGAUGCUCCCAGUGGUCUUGCAACAGCACUGCCUGGCCGCCGAGUCACAUCUCGUGGAAGUGAUGUUGGGCCAGGAUGUAGCCCGCAUCGGGCGACUAUGCCAAGGCAAGGGCAUUUGCAGUGUGAGCAGGUGGCAGAUCUCUGAGAAGUUGGACGCCAGUUCGUGUGUGAGCAGGUGGCAGAUCUCUGAGAAGUUGGACGCCAGUUCGU